UCUAAAAUGAGCCUCUCUCGGGGGAGAGAGGAGGGGGGCCCUGCCUCUACAAUGACUCUCUUUCUGGAACAUGACACCAGAGCUAAGAGACCAAUCAAGCAGGAGAGACCAGCCUCCCCUGUUCCCAGCUGUGUGUCCAUGAAGAGUGACUGGUCUAUGGAUCCUCCUCUAUACUUUAGAGAGGGAGACUUUUCUACUGAACAAAGAAACCAACAGGAGAGAUCAGAGUCAGAGAUUCUCAGUGGUCAGUCUUCCCAGAGUCAUCAAACAGACCUGGCCUCCAUAUUCAGUAUGCUUGAAGAGAAAAUUAUGACAUUUGUGAAGAACGAGCUGAAGAUGUUCAAGAGGAUUCUUAGUCCAGAACUCCCAGAAGGCUUUGAGAGUCAGAAACAGGAUAAGGAAGUGGUGGACCCUGAAGAUGAGCAGCAGGAGAGCAGUGCCAGAGAGGGGGCUCUGAAGAUCACAUUGCACAUCCUGAGGAAAAUGAACCAGAAGGAGCUUGCUGACACACUGGAGAAAUAUUCAGAUGAGCUUGCUGUGAUUUGCCAACGUGAACUCAAAUCUAAUCUAAAGAAGAAGUUUCAAUGUGUAUUUGAGGGGAUCGCUAAACAAGGAAACCCAACACUUCUCAAUAAGAUCUACACAGAGCUCUACAUCACAGAGGGUGGAACAGGAGAGGUCAAUAAUGAACAUGAGCUGAGACAGAUUGAGACAACAACCAGGAAACAAGCAAGACCAGAGACUGCAAUCAAAUGUAACGACAUCUUCAAACCCCUAACUGGACAAGACAAACCUAUCAGAACUGUGCUGACAAAGGGAGUUGCUGGCAUUGGAAAAACAGUCUCUGUGCAGAAGUUCAUUCUGGACUGGGCUGAAGGAAAAGCAAAUCAGGAUGUCCAAUUUGUAUUUUCAUUCCCUUUUCGGGAGCUGAAUUUGAUGAAAGAGGACAAACACACUUUCAUUGAACUUCUCAAUCACUUCUCAAUGGAAACCAAACAAUCAGGAAUCUCCAUCUACAACAAGUACAAAGUUCUGUUCAUCUUUGAUGGUCUGGAUGAGUGCCGACUGCCCCUAGACUUCCAGAAGAACAAGAUCUGUUGGGACGUCACAGAGUCAACCUCAGUGGAUGUUCUGCUGACAAAUCUCAUCAAGGGAAAUCUGCUUCCCUCUGCUCUCCUCUGGAUAACUACCCGACCUGCAGCAGCCAAUAAGAUCCCUUCAGGGUGUGUUGACCAGGUGACAGAGGUACGAGGGUUCAAUGACCCACAGAAGGAGGAGUACUUCAGGAAGAGAUUCAGUGAUGAGGACCUGGCCAGCAGAAUCAUCUCACACAUAAAGACAUCAAGGAGCCUCCACAUCAUGUGCCACAUUCCAGUCUUCUGUUGGAUUUCUGCAACAGUCUUUGAACACAUGCUGAAACAUAAGAGAGAAGAGAUGCCCAAGACUCUGACUGAGAUGUACACACACCUUGUGGAGUUUCAUACCAAACAGAAGAAUGAAAAGUAUCUUGGGAAAGAAGAGACAGGUCCACACUGGAAUAAAGAGAGCAUUCUGUCACUGGGAAAACUGGCUUUUCAACAGCUUGUGAAUGGCAAUCUGAUUUUCUAUGAAGAAGACCUGAAAGAGGCUGGCAUUGAUGUCAAUGAAGCCUCAGUGUACUCAGGAUUGUGCACACAGCUCUUUAAAGAGGAACGUGGGCUGUACCAGGACAAGGUGUACUGCUUUGUUCAUCUGAGCAUUCAGGAGUUUCUGGCUGCUGUAUAUGUGUUCCUCUCAUUCAUCAACAACAAUGAGAAUCUAAUGGACAAACUGCAAACAAAAGACAAGUCUGUAGUUACUGUCUACAAGAGUGCUGUGGAUAAAGCCUUACAAAGUCAGACGGGAAACCUAGACCUUUUCCUCCGCUUCCUUCUGGGCCUCUCACUGGAGUCCAAUCAGAAGCACUUACAAGGUCUACUGACAAAGACAAGAAGCAGCUCACAGAGCCAUGAAGAAAUAGUCAAGUACAUCAAGGAGAAGAUCAGGGAGAAUCCCUCUCCAGAGAGGAGCAUCAAUUUGUUCCACUGUCUGAAUGAACUGAAUGACCAUUCUCUAGUGGAGGAGAUCCAAAGCUUCCUGAGAUCAGGAAGUCUCUCAAAACCCAACCUGUCACCUGCACAGUGGUCAGCUCUGGUCUUUGUGUUGCUGACUUCAGAAAAGGAUCUGGAUGUGUUUGACCUGAAGAAAUACUCCAGAUCAGAGGAAGGUCUUCUGAGGCUGCUGCCAGUGGUCAAAGCCUCCAGAGCUGCUCUGUGA